AUGGCUUUCUUCCCGCUAAAUUACGCUACCAGUUCAAAAUACGUAUAUCUAUCUAUCUAUCUAUCUAUCUAUCUAUCUAUCUAUCUGAGUUUGUUCAAAUCUAUUUCUGUAUCGAUCCAGUUGUUUGCCGUCAAUCUGAAUAUUACUUACACCAUAUUUAACAUUUACCCCACACACCUUCUUUUAUUACAUUCCCUUUUCUUUCUUUCUUUCUUUCUUUCUUUCUUUCUUUCUUUCUUUUAUUUUCUAUUUUGUCCUCUUUUUUUCUUCCUUUUUCUUAUCUCUUUCCCAUUCCCUCGCACCCAUUCCACUUUGCUCUCUGACCGCUUGUCCUCCAUUCCCGCCCAGUUCAACCCUGCUGUUUUGACAACUGCUCUCUCCAUCCAUGCUUAUUUAUUCGUUUCAUCCAUAUCUCUCUAUCAAUCCGCAUUUAUAUUUUUCAAAUGCAUUUCUACAUCUAUCAUAUUCAAUGGCUUUUUCAACUGCAUCUCGCACCUCAAUCUAACCAUCUCUCUUUUUUUAUUAUAUUUUUCUACUGCAUCUCACUCCCAAACAACAUUCAUUUUUUCAACUUUCCUUAUUUAUAAUUUGCAGCUGCAUCACGCCAUCAAUCCACACCAGCAAGCCUCUCACUCUCUGCCUUUCUGUCGACUCCAUUCCUUCCCUACCACUCUCUCUUCUUUUUUAUCUAUCUAUCUAUCUAUCUAUCUAUCUAUCUAUCUAUCUAUCUAUCUAUCUGCCUUUCCUUCCUCACACACUCUUUUUCGGUCAAUUCUUCUCUAUCGAUUUUCCCGUUACCUUCUUGCUUAA